GUGAAGCAUGGAAUGGCGGAGUUUUAAUCACUGCUCGACAUCUACAACCUUUUACUGAAGGAAUUUAGCUUAUUCCCGCAUGAAUACAUUAGGAAAAUGAGUGUGAGUUUUGAAGGUACAGCGUCACAUAUGUUGGCCGGAAACAUUUUAAAUGAAUCCAUUCCAAAAGAUGAAGCAGAACAUUUACUUCAGGAACUUAUCAUUGAUAUGAGUAAUGAGAAUUUUGAUACAAUCAARUUUGCUGCAUACCGGACAGCUGCUAAGCUGCAGUUUGUCCAGAGAAGAACAAAUCUUCACCUUGUAGAUGURUAUAACAUGAUUGAAGCAUUCAGGGAAAAUGGUCUAAACACACUAGACCAUAAUACAGAGCUGCAUGAGCUGAGAGUAGAGGCAGUAGUUUCUAGUAUAUUUUAUGCUCUCAACAAGAGACUGCCGACGUCACAUGAGGUUGAUGUAGAGAAAUCUAUCAGUUUGGUCACAAACUGGCUUCUUUAUGCUUACGACAGUGAUGGUAUUGGCAGAAUACGAGUGUUAUCAGUCAAGACAGCUCUAUCAACAUUGUGUUAUGGCAGACUAGUAGACAAGCUGAGAUAUCAUUUUUCACAAAUUGAGGACGACAAUGGUAUUUUGAACUUCCCUAAAUUUGAAGCAUACUUACGAGAGCUUUUACAGUUACCAUCAGCAGUAGGAGAAGGGCCGACGUUUGGUUUUGCUGAAGAUGUAGCUAGUAGUUUCUUUAAGCCACAAGGGCCACUUGCCCGGCAAGGAACCACACUUCAGAACUUCUUAGAGUGUGUUAUUUCUAAGGACACUCCUGCACCUUAUGCUUGGCUUUCUACCUUACAGAAAAUGAAUAAUUCUGCCUCUGUUGAACAUCAGGUUGGCUGUCAGAUCUGUAAAAAGAAACCUAUAGUAGGAUUUAGGUACAAAUGUCUUCAUUGCCAGAACUACAUUCUUUGUCAGGAUUGUUUUUGGCGAGGAAAAACAUCUCAGGCCCACAAAACUGAUCAUGAUGUCCGCGAAUACACAACUUGGAAAAUGGGCGAGAGAGGGAAUUCCAUUCGAAGUAAAUUUUUGUGUGGAUCGGGAAAGAAAAAGAGACCGUCGUUACCUGAAUAUCCCCAUGACCCACCGUUGCCAUCAGACCUCUCAGGUCAAGCGCACGCUACCUCCGACUAUACUUCAUCUCCCUCACCCGAGUCAGGAGCCUCGUCCACAUCAUCUAACAGGAGGAAGCUCUCCGAGGACUUUGACCAAAGAAUGGAUGACGAGCAUAAGCUUAUUUCGCGGUAUGCAGCAAGACUCGCAGCUAAUUCUCGUCAAAAGCCGCCUUCCAAGUCAUCCAGCGAACUGAGCAUCGACUCCAACAGGGAACAGAGGGAACUCAUCCAAACCCUGGAAAACAAAAACAGGCUUCUUUUAAAAGAAAUCCGUAGACUGCGUGACGAGCAUGACGAAGCGUCAAAAUCCGCUGCCCAGAUAGCGCAAAACCCAGAACUCCUCGCCGAGUUGAAGUUACUAAGGCAACGCAAAGACGAACUGGAGAUGCGCAUGAGCGCUUUACAAGAAAGUCGACGAGAACUGAUGGUUCAGCUUGAAGGACUGAUGAAUCUACUCAAACCUGGUACCGGCGGUGCAGGGGCAGAAGAAAGCAUAACAAGUUGAAAGGGAGAAAAAGAAAUGGCAGAAAACCUGUGACGUCACCAGGUGGAAGAGAGAGGAAUGAGUCUAGCUAGAGAUAGACAAAUAGCCAUAUCUAAACUUAAGCGAAAUUAAUUAAUCCUCCAGAUUAAAGCAACAAAAUUUAUAGCCGUGCACUUUCAAUUCACCAAAAUAACCAAACUACUUCAAAUAAAUCAAAAUAGAAUAUCAUAAUAGCCACUAACAAUUGUAUUAUAAAAUUGGUCAAAAYUUCCUAAAGUAUUAUAUUAAAUGGAAUUUCGAGUCACGUGUGACGUUAUACUAAGUCACGUGAUCUGCGUCAAUGUUUUAAAACAAAAGCCUUGACAGAAAAGCGAUACUAUUAAAAAUAAAUAAUGAUAAAUUAAUAAUAGAUUAAUAAUUUGAAUAUCAUAUAAUUCGUAUCAUUUACUCAAGGAUAUUUUCCGCGAAGAAUUUAAGGAUUUACCAGCAUGCUCUGCGCGAUAUUUUUAACGACUGCAAAGCAUGAUGGUUUUUGUUAUAUGGCUUUUCAGAUUCGUUAACCUUGAUACCAAUAAAUUGUUAUACAUGAUAGCGAA